AUGCGCAAUCCAUACAGCAGCGCGCCACAGGUCGUCAACACGGCGCGUAAUUACCGGUUUUGCGCCUCCAGAGCAGCGCACAGCGGAGCAGGCAGCUGCUGGCUGGCUUUGGAGACCGGGAACGACAACAGCCAGCCGUCUGAGAGCGCGGCUGCAUGGGAUUCUGAACAAGCUGGCUUGUGGCGCCUCAACUUUAAUGUGUGUUUAUAUGUUCGUCCAGGACUCCUGCUGAUCUGUAUGCUAGCCUCUGAGGUGUGGGAUGCUGAGACCAAACCCAUAGAAUUUGUGUGUAAUAAAGGCGCCAGGAGGGCUAUGAAUAUUGUGGCAGAGAGGGAGAGUGUACUGCACCAGGAGAAGAGAGGAGACAUAGUUGCAUCCUUGAGUCUUCUUAUUGAAGGUGUGAAGGUUGUGAAAUCUCCAAGCCAGCCAGAAUGUGCUGCUUCGCUACUGCAGAGACUGGAGAACAACAUCAACAACUACCUGCUCAUUCUCACACACCUACAGCUGAGUGGGCCAGUGGGGAGUCCAGCACUGUCUUGUGUUCCUCGAAGCACCCAGAGUCUGAGCACAAUCCUUAUUAACUACAACCAACUGAUCUUAGGCAAACUGGAGCGGUUCAUGAUAAACCUGGAAGAUCGCUGCAUUUCCCAGUAA